AUGCUGUCAGAAAUUGAUUGGUCGGACAAGGAAAACUAUGAAUCAAGAAUCAUCCCACAGGCUGAAGAUAAGCCUAAAAUUUUAUUCGGCUAUAUUAAGAAUCGACUAAAAAACAAGGAUUCAAUUGCAGAACUUAAGUAUAUUGAUGACUUAGAAUUUUUUCAAAAGCCGAAUACGGUGGCUGGUUCUGUGCCUCACCGACUUCAACGAUGGGCAAUCAUUCUUCUUGAUUACGAUUUUGGUAUCCGCUACUGUCGUACUACCGAUAUUGUCCAAGCUGACGCCCUUUACCGCCUCAUGUGCAGUUAUCAGAUACCCGAAGAAGGCACCGUGAUUGCUGCCAUUUCGAUUGAGGACGAUGUGCCCCGUCAGCUUUCAGACACUUUACGGGGCAUACCUGUGACUGCCGUCGACAUCCGGCGUUCUAUAGAACAGGAUCUUGUUCUCCAUCAAACUAUCACCUAUGUGCAACUGAGUUAG